UGUAUGUGCUUCCAUCCCUGAAUGCCCGACUCUAGUGCAAUGAUUAUGGCGAAGGACGAAUGGUCCGCGGAAGAGGAAUUGCAGCUCUUUCAUGCCAUGGAAGGCUUACGACCUGUGGGCAUCAACAAACAUUUCUACAUGUCCUGCAUCGCGGAACGUCUCUCAAAAUCGUUAAACCGCGAAAUGCCCAGUGAUCUAAUCUGGAGGCACUUGAGCACAAUGUACAAACUAAAAGAGCUGGAUGAUCUUGAGGGCCUGCCAUUUCCCAAUGAGGAGCGAGAGUUUUGUUUGCCAGAACAGGAUUACGGCACGUUCGUGACCAAAAAGACCCUUGGAGCCAACGCUAGCGAAGAAACAACAGAUACACAUGCUUCCCUUGUACCAGUGGUCGCCGCUCAAGCCACCGAUAGCAACAGUAAAGGCACAAAGUUGGCAGUGGUGCAGGCAAAAGAUAACGAAAAGAAGAUGGCAAAAGUCUUGGAUAUGCCAAAGAGACCAGCUAAACGAACUCGUGGUUCCAUGUCAAAUGAAUCGAUUAGCCCCUCCACCACACCACCCCCCUUGCAGAGCAGCAAACGCCGUCGUAUUUAAAAUGCAUUGUUGGA